UGUCGGGUCAAGAAUGAAGUCGUUGUUUUAGACGCUGGAUUAAACUACAAACGGGGCGUGCGUUAACGUGAACCUCGGCCUCCGGGUAACGACACGUUUGAAGCUCUACGGUUACCGAUCGCACGUGAGAUUUGACGGAACCGACGAGGAGGGGAUGGAGACCGACUCCCAGCCCGAGGAAUCCCUCGUCCCUUCACCUGAUGAGGACUGUGUUGUGCCUGGCAACGUCAAGGACAUGGGUUUGGAGGCGGAGGCAGUGGUGAAGGACGUACUUUUUGCCGUUGCUGAAAUGCAUGUGUCGCAAAGUCUCAACAGCGCGUCAGAUGUGGCCCACAUAAACGUGGAAACACGAGAGGGAAACCGGUAUUGUGUGGAGCUCACAGAGGCGGGAUUCAGGGUGGUGGGCUAUGCCUUCAAUCAAGCGGACGAGGAUUUGAACACCCAGUAUUACGAGACCGUUUACUCACUUCUCGACUCACUGAGUCCGGGCUACAGAGGAGCCUUCGGGAACGCUUUGCUCCAGCGGCUAGAGAGGCUGCAGCAAACCGGAUGGUGAAAAGGACCACGAUGCUGCACUAGUGGAAGUGAAAUAGGUCAAUAAUGUGGGUAUAUGAGACAAGUCUGGUCAAAUAUUAUAGUCUGUGACAUCCACCUGCCUGGCUACCUCUACAAUAAGGGGUACCCUGCUCCGUCAACUCUGCUCUCUUCUGACUACCUGGAGCUGAGUGGUAUUGGCUUGUAUGGGCUCAGCUGCAACAUUGUGUUGACUUUACGAUGGAAAUAUAUUCCAACUUGCACAAUGCAAUGUUGUAACUGUGCACAUUGUUUGAGAAUCCUGAACCAUUUUGUACUCAUCCAAAAGGAUCUGAGAAAGAAGUAGGUUAUGACUUAUAGCUCCAGUUUAGUUCUGUCCUGCUUGCACUAAAACUAAACAGAUGUAUGUUCAAACAUACUAAACUUGUGCAGCAGGUGGCUGAGAGCCAAAACUAUUAAACAAAUUCUGCCUUAAUGACUGGAUUUAAAUUAUAAUAAAUGACCGACAGAUUAAUGCCAUCACAUUUCACAUGGUUAACUAGGGCAGACAACUUUUGAAAGGUUUAUACAAUCAACUCACUUCCUGUAUAAAUGUAUGUGCCACUCAAAUUCUAGUUGUCAAUGCACAGCAUUUGUUCAAUACCAGUCAAGACGUGUUGAGCCAUUUGAAAGUCUUGGCUUUGAUAAGUCCAUCAAUGUUUAGACUUCAGUCCUUGCUGCUGGCCUUUGCUCCGGCCAAUUUAGUCUCAUAAUUACAUCAGUCUGAAUUUUUACCUCAUGUUUAGCCUCAAAAAUGUCUCAGGCAAACUUUUUAAAUGAACCAUUUGUUCACCACUGCAUCAAGUGCUGAUUUGGGGUAAAUGUAUUAAAGUGAGGCUACAAUAUUG